AUGUUCCUAUUUAAAUUUAUAGUGAUAAAUAUAAUUAUUCUUGUUUUUUCAAAAGUUACUUGUAAUUUAGUCAUUCAUCCAUCAUUAGCAGAUUUUUUUGUUGAAAAUUUUAGAGAUCAUCUUUUUGUUUCUUCAUACAAUGUAAUAAAUAAAAGAUUAUCAAAACCAAGCUGUUCAAGCUCUGAUGACUAUGAAUGUCAUCAUGUUCGUAGAGAAAGAGAACAACGGCAUGAGUCCACAGUGCUUAUAGCAAAAGAGGAAAAGGGAAAAGGAGAUGGAAAAAUAGAAAAAAUACAUGAUGGACAGGAAGAAAUACAUAGAGGAAAGGAAGAAAGCCAUAGAGGAAAGGAAGAAAUACAUAGAGGAAAGGAAGAAAGCCAUAGAGGAAAGGAAGAAAUACAUAGAGGAAAGGAAGAAAUACAUAGAGGAAAGGAAGAAAGAUAUAGAAGAAAGGAAGAAAGACAUAGAAGAAAGGAAGAAAGACAUAGAAGAAAGGAAGAAAGACAUAGAAGAAAGGAAGAAAGAUAUGUAGAAACAGAAGAAAGCCAUAUAAAAAAAGAAAAAGAUUUUUACGAUGAAGAGGAAGAACAAGUUAAAUAUAUUUAUUUGCACACCAGUCCAUUCUAUAUCACAAUUAAGGAAAAAGCUACAAAUGCGCCCGAGGGGGGAGAGCAAAGGAGUGGAAGUGAUGAAAGUAGUGACAUAGAUGAUCAGAUGAGUAGAAGUGUAAGAAGUAGAAAUCAACGCUACAAGAACAUGUUUUAUAAAUGCUUCUACAUCUUAUUAGACUUUUUUUCUCUGUUUGUGAAGAAGGAAAAAAAUAGACAUAUAAGCAAUGUGCAAAAGAUGUACCCCGUUUCCUAUUUCAUUGAUAGGAACAAAACGAAUAUUUUAAAUAAUUCUAACGAGUUUUCAUAUAACAAUAAAAAGAAUAAAGUUAAAGGGAUAUACUUAGGAGAUCAUCUAGAUGAUAUGAAAAAUUAUUCUUUUUUAUCUCCCCUAUCAUUGGCUAUUGAUGAAAUAAAUUUUAAUAAAAUAUUCCAAUAUGCAUGGAAUAACUCUUAUUCCAACUACAUCUUUUUAAAAAGUCCAAAUAAAUCUCAGGAAAAGAAAAACAAUAUAAUCAUAAAAGAUAAAGUCAUGCCAGAUGAAGCAGUGCCAGAUGAAGCGGUGCCAGAUGUAGUGCCAAUCGAAAUAGUGAAUGAAAAAAAGAGUUAUAUGAAUGAUGAAGACAAGCUUGGGCAGGUGCACAAAACAAAGAUGAACAACAAAGAACAAGGUGAAGAUCUCUCCCAGGAAGAAGUUAAUACCUUGGAAGAUGAUUCGUCAACUAUUCGAACUGAUAAGCAGUAUGAUAAUGUAGAUAGUAUUAAAGAAAACAUAUUCCAAGGGGGUAAAACCAAUAGAGAAGAUGAAAUAAAUGAUAGUGCAUACCACACCCUGUUAAAUAAUGAUAACGAUUUGAUAAUAAAAUAUAUUAUGAAAUCUAAUAAAGAUUAUCAAUAUUUCAAAUUGUUAAGUAGGACUAAAGCUCACGUGAACAUAAAUAGCGUUGGUCUUAUUUUAAAAAAAUUAAAUAUAUCAGAAGAAAAUAAUUUUGACAAAAUUUUAAAAAAUAAUAAAAAAUUGAAGAUAGGUAUAUGUACUACGGAAAGGAGCAAAAAAAUGCUAGCUCAUGAUCCCUUGAGAAAUGUCCAUUUGUACAAGCAAACAUUGGGAUCCUUGUUGCAAAGGGAGCAAUCAAAGCGGAGCAGCGGUAGGAGCAGCGGUAGGAGCAGCGGUAGGAGCAGCGGUAGGAGCAGCGGUAGGAGCAGCGGUAGGAGCAGCGGUAGGAGCAGCGGUAGGAGCAGCGGUAGGAGCAGCGGUAGGAGUAGCAGUAGGAGUAGCAGUAGCAGUAGCAGUAGCGGUAACAGCGAUUGGUAUAGUGAUGGGUAUGACGGUGGUGGAUACCAUUAUGAUGAUGACGACAGCUAUGGAUAUGACUAUGAGUAUAACCGCGCAUAUGGCAAUGCAGACGAUAGGAACACUUUUGCGUGUGCCUUUUUUCGCUCCAUCGACAAGUCCGAGUUAUUAUUUUAUCUUAGGAGGAAUGACAACAAGGAGGGGGGGGAAAGAAAUCAUCAUCACAGCCCAGAAGACAGAAGUAAUCUUGAUGUACAAAGAGAUAGCAGUAAGAUGGAAAACAGCUGUAUUGGCUGUAACAACAAUGAAUGCUGUAACAACAAUGAGGUUAACAAAACAAAUUAUGGAUGCAAAGAAAACAUUGUCAUCCAAGGGGAUAAAUCAAUCUGCACACUUAAAAAAAAUAGGGAUAAAAAGAUCGUUAUUUCGGAUCAUAUAUUAUAUAAAGAAUGGAAAAAAGCUAAUUUUGAUAAGUCCAAACUGUCAAUGCUUUCAACAAAUAUUUUAAAUAAUUUAAAAAAAUAUAAAGAGUAUAAUUAUAAAAAAAAUAUAUACAAACUACAUGUGGAUUAUAAUGGUAUUUGUAAAAGUAUUGUUUUUAUUUAUAAAUAUGAAAAGAAGGCCUUUUUGAAAUUUAUAUUUCAACAUGAUGUUUGUCUUAAUUAUAAUUUUUUAAAUAAAAAUAUUUUUUUUAAUUACAUGAAUAGCAAUAUAAAACCCAAUUUUAUUCUGAGGGGUAUUUGGAAUUACGCAGUUCCAAAGAAGGUAGCCUAUGUGCGAAAUCUCCUGCACAGUUCAGGUUGUACAGGAAAUUCGAACGAUAUGGUUGAUACUAAUAAGUGCGAUUAUAGCUGCAGUGGUCAUGACAAUGGUGAUAAAGGAGAUCGCCUCGGGCGAUGCACCUUUCCGGAUCGCUUUUUCAUUUACAAUGAUUUGUACAAUUUGGGUGAGGCAAGAGGGAUUAGCGGUGUUAUCAGUGGGAACAACGGUGAGGAAGCGGAGAGCCGCUCGAGGGGAAACGAAAGGGGGAGAGUGUAUUGGUAUGAGCAAGUACUAAACCCAAGUAUAGACUCAUCAAAGAGGUUUGUAAGAAUGAAACUAGGUAAUUUUGAGAGUAACAAAUUGCAGGAGAAAGAUGAACAUGCUUUUUUGAUGAACAAACUACUUAAGAGCAGUAGUGAUAUUUUAUUAUUGUCGAAAAAAGGCUUUAUCGAAUUCAAAAUUCCAGUAGUAUUGAAUGAACUAUUUGUUUCAUUUCAUCCAAACCCGUUAUACGAAUAUGUAUGUAACAACAACAGUACAGCUGGAACAUCAACCCUUAGUAUUAUUUCGAGUGGAAAUAAAAAUAAUACAAGUAAUCGGCACAUGAAUGAAUAUGAUGGUAUUAAUACAAACAGAUGUUCAUUUAACAAACCAUAUUAUCUUUAUGUAUUUUUCAAUUUUUUUUUAAAUAAUAAUAGGAAAUAUAAUAUAAAAUUAGAUAUACAUAUUGAUCAUGUGAAAAGAUUUAACAAGACGAAAGAUAUACCUUUUCAAUAUAUCAAUGUUUUAAAUUAUUUGAAAAAUAAUAUAAAUCAUUAUAGAAUUAAUAGAAUCGAAAUUGUAUAUUCCUUUUUACCAUUCUUACAAGCCAACGAUUUUGUUGAUCAUACGAACUUGCCAUUCUAUGUAGCUUUAAAAAGUUUUAUUAUCAAUCAGAGUGAAAAGGUGUAUAACUAUAUUCCUAUUUUCUACACCACCAACAUCAACUUUAUGCAAGUACUCAGCAGAAAUAUAAAAAACGAUCAGCCACGGGACGAUGCAAGGACAAAAGGAGGAGUGCAAAACGGGGAAAAGGGGGAAAAUGAUAUGCACAGUUCAGGUGAAAAAGUUGGUAGAGAGGGGCGGACGGUCGAGGAAGAGGAAAAGGGAACCAACAGAAUGAUAGGAAGUUUUACUAGGGCUAUUACUGUUGACUUUACUGGUGGACAUACUGGUGGGCAUACUGGCGAUAUUACUAUCGGAGGAACGACUGCAAGCACGAUUGGAAGUAUGACUGGAAGCACAACUGGAAGUACUACUUAUGUGAGUACCGACCCAUCUUCCCACUAUACGUCCUUCUCAAUGCAAGAUGAAUCAGGGGAGGGAGGGAUAGAACAGAGCAAAUACCCCCCAUACACAACACCCGAGCAAUUGUUCAAAAGAGAGGAAUCGGUGCCUAUGGACUGGUCGAAUAGCAAGGAUAGUGAUGCAAAUAAUUUUAUUAAUAUAAAUUCAUUUUCUAUGUUUACCACUGUCAGUGAAAACAUAUUCAUGAAGCAUCUUAUGCAGUAUAAGUGCACGAGCUGUAGUUGUACGUAUGACGAGAAUGUUAAGGAAUUUCUUUUGGCCAAGUCGAGUAUGAAACGUGUUAGGAACAAAAAAAGGGAAAAGGGAAAGGGAAAGGGAAGUACAGUCGAUAAUGCAACAAAUGCAAACAAAAUCAGCACAGAAGGGGAAAAAGAAGAAGAGGAAAAAGAAGAAGAAGAAGAAGAAGAAAAAAGGAAAAUGCACGCUAUAAACAAAUCUAUCUUUUCGUUUGAUAACGAUAUACAGAUUAGCCCCCUUUUUUAUGAUGAUAAAAAGAGGAAUACAUAUGAAGAUAAAGAUGAAGAUAAAGAUAAGGAUAAAGAUGAAGAUAAAGAAGAUAUAGAAGAAGAUAUAGAAGAAGAUGGGGUUGAAGAGGGAGAAAAAAUUGAAAUGAGCCAUACUGAAAAGGAGUACCAUCGCUUUUUAAAAGAAGAGUUAUAUAAAUACAUUACAUAUGAUAGGAAAAACAUAGUAGCUUAUAAUAUGAAUUAUAUGUACAUAUCAGAAUUUAAAAACAAAAAAUAUAUUAUUCCUCCAUAUAAUAAAGGCAUUUUAAUCAAUUUUGAAAAAGAAAAUGAGCAAAUUUUUUGUGAUCCAUAUAAUGACAUUUCAUAUAUUAAAGAAAAAUUUAAUCAUAAUAUUUCAUAUAAUGAUACAAGAAACAUAUUUGAGACAAUUUAUAUUUAUUCUGCUCUUCUUCCAAUGGAAAGUGAUAUAUAUGAUUUUAAUUUUUUAACAAAGAAUAAUUUAACGUUAAAACAAAGACAAACUGAAAAUUCAAAAACUCUUUUUAAAAAUUUAAUCCCUUUUACAAGAUAUGAAGACUUUUAA